UCUUUUGGUGCGAGUUUAAGAGUGGUGAUAAAAAUAGUUUGGAAGUUUUUUGGUCGUUUAAUAAAACCUAGCUAGUAAUACGAAUAAAAGGCCUAGUGAAUUAAUCAGAAGAAUAUAUAGAGAAGAGAGAAAUCAAAAGUGUGAUCAGCGGUUUUUCGGCGUUUCAAGAUGGCGGAAGGAGGCGGAGGCGGUAAGCCUCCGGAUCCGGGAACAAAGAAGAAAAACAAAAUGGAGGAAAAUGGUGGCAAACACGCAACGACAAGCGACGGAAUACAUGGAAAUGGAACAACGGUGCAGCAGAAGUAUCUGUACACGAAAAGUGACCAUGGACCGUAUCGGGUUUAUGUGGAAUUGACGGACAAGACAAACAAAAUUAACAAGUUCACACUGGGAGCAUGGUUAAGGAAGCUGGACAAAUAUCGACGAAGCGUGACGGAGAUGAAAUAUCUCGGCAGGAAUAAAAUUAUCGUUUUUAUGAGCUUUAUGACAGCGGCAAAUGCAAUGGUGGACGAUGAAAAUCUACUGGAAGCAGGAUACAAGGCGUACAUCCCACGGCACCUUGUGUGCAUAUCAGGUGUAUUAGCAGGAAUCCCAACGGACAUCACGGAAGACGAAAUCCUAAACGACAUUGAAAGUCCAGCUCCGGUGAUGAGUGUAUUUCGACUAUCUCGUUUCGUGGAUGGAUUGAGGCAACCAAGCAACAGACAAUCACUGAUAAACUGGACUUUGUGCAAUGCAAUAUACAAAGUGUUGCGAAAAACAAAGACGAACUGCAACGUACAUUGUUGGACAAAAGCUAUGCCGCCGCAUUUUUAUCCGAAACAUGGACUCAAACAUCUUUAG